AUGCAAUGGGCCGAGCCCGAUUUGAUUACUACUUCUUCUGUAUUAAAGUUUGAAGCAGGACAAGACCUAAAGGCUGAUAAAGCUUUUAAGCGAGAAAUAGAUCAGUUACAUGUGCAAUGCAUCGAACAUAUCAACAAUUGCCAUUGGAAUGGAACAAUAAAAGAUUACCAGGUUGUGAGAUCACAGUUGGAAACUCAUUAUUUAACUGCCACACAUCAGCAAAUCUUAAUAUUACUCUUACUCAAAUUUCAAGAUUUAACUCGCUUAUGGACAAAAGAUACUACUACCACUAGCAAUAUUGAUAACAGAUCUCAAGACAGUGAUUUAGCGUCUCAUGCAUCAGUAAACGAGUUGUAUAGCGAACUACAAAAGGCUUACGAAACGUCAACCGUUUUGACGAAGGGCACUCACACGCUUAUGCUAGAUAUGGAAAGAAUAAGUUCCGAAUCCUUGAGAAAUAAUACUUUAAUUCAAUCCCUUUAUAAUGAAAUAUCGCAGGUAAAGAUGUCCAUAGCAGAGGGAGACUCUAAUUACGCAGCCAUUGGAGCAAAACAAGAAACUAUACAGCAAGAACUGUCGAGUUUGAAAGAAAAAGUAGAUGAUAUUGAGAUGACAUCAUUUGAUGGUACUUUGAUUUGGAAAGUAACUGACGUAGCGAACAAAAUGGCAGAUGCACAGUCCGAAAGACAGACAAGUAUAUACUCACCAGUGUUCUAUUCAUCACCAGUUGGAUAUAAAAUGAGAGUUAGACUAUAUCCUUAUGGUGAUGGAAACGCGAGACGAACUCAUAUGUCGUUGUUUUUUGUUUUGGUACGAGGAGAAUAUGAUGCUGUUCUCAUAUGGCCAUUUAGUCGUAAAGUAACCUUUUGUCUUUUUGAUCAAUCUGGCCAAAAUCGACAUGUCAUUGAUUCCUUCAAACCUGAUGUAAAGUCGAAUAGCUUUAAGAGACCGCAGUCUGAGAUGAAUAUUGCUAGUGGAAUACCCAAGUUUUUUCCUCUCCCGAUGAUUCAACAAGAUGGUAACAACUAUGUCAAAGAUGAUACGAUGUUUAUUAAGGUGGUUGUGGAUUUUAAUGACAUGCCCAAGAUGAUUUUACCCUACACUCUUGGUCUAAAUCCAGGUCUGCCGCCUCAUGUUCAGCAUUACUUAAUCCAGCAAGAAAUACAGAAAAGACUGCAGGCUGCGUCUACAUCAGCCACUUCUAAUGUUGGUACAUGUAACUAG